UUUGAACUAGUCGACGUGCGCGCGCUCCUACUGACGACUUACCUUGCUAACCGGAGCUUCUCUGCUGAAGUUAAUCCAGAACAUCAAACCUGUGUAAACUCGAACAAGUUCAGCCAUUAAAUUAAGAGCGGGUGCUUUGUUUCUCAAGUCUCUUCCUGGUUUCUGUAACUCCUCGGGAGGAUUAUUGAUCCGUUCACAGUUUUGAACGUUUCUGCGGUUUGCGGGCGCUUCACGUCGUUUCAGUUGAGAUGUCAAUGUCUUGAGUUUUCUAUCUGUCUCUGAUCCUUACACGUCACAAGUCAUUGACUCAUUUUCAAGGAGUGGAGCAUGUGGGCCAGCUGCUGCGGCUGGCUCUGUCUGGAUGACUCCACCGUGGACCACAGCAGGAGCAGCACACGUCACCAGGCCUUCACCAACUCGGGCUUCAGCAGUUACCCAUCUCCCACCGCUCCAGAACACACCUGCAAGGCUUGUGGAGGCCGCUUCGACAGCAUAGCCAGGAAGCACAUGUGCAUGGACUGCAAGAAAAGCUUCUGCAGCCGCUGCUCCACGCAGCAGGACCUCCAGCCAUGGCUGUGUCCCACAUGCCAGCGCUUCCGGGGGAUCCUGUUCGAGCGCGCCGAGCUGAUGAAGCUCAAGGUGAAGGAUCUGAGGGACUACCUCCACCUGCACGGGAUCCCCACGCAGAUGUGCCGCGAGAAAGAGGAGCUGGUGGAGCUGGUCCUCGGCCAGCAGACGCCUACAUCUGACACACACAUUCCUCCACCCCCAGUGAGCACACAGGGACCCCCUGACACCCCAGUCAUAACCGUGAGCCCGCUGGCGGGCAACAGCACUACUGAACUGGGACCUCAGACUCGAGCAGAGGAAGAUGCACAGAGCUUGGCUGAGGCGACAGCUGAAGGCGAGACGGCCGCUGAGCUGCAGGAGGAGCAGGAGUCGCAGUCCUCAGACUCGGAGGAAGUGCUGGCUCCGGGGCGACGGGCGUCUCUCUCUGACCUCCGAUCAGUGGAGGACAUCGAGGAUCUGAGCGUCCGGCAGCUGAAGGAGAUCCUGGCCAGGAACUUCGUGGACUAUAAGGGCUGCUGUGAGAAAUGGGAGCUGAUGGAGAGAGUGACGCGUCUGUACCACGACCAGAAGGACCUGCAGAACAUGGUGUCUAACGCCACAGAAGGCACAGACGCUGGCGCUGGGACGGCCGUGGACGAGAGUCUGUGUAAGAUCUGUAUGGACUCGCCCAUCGACUGCGUUCUUCUGGAGUGCGGUCACAUGGUCACGUGCACGAAGUGCGGCAAGCGCAUGAGCGAGUGUCCCAUCUGCCGACAGUACGUGGUGCGAGCAGUGCACGUGUUCAGAUCCUGAGCAUCCCACAAUCCUUCCCUGAGCAAUAGAUACUGUAGAAAACCGUCAGGUGGCCUUUAAUUCAUGCACGGUUAUCCUGUGGCACUUUACACAAUAGCAAAUAAGAUCUCUCGAGCGAUAACUGUACUGGCUUCAGUUUAAUUCUCUUCAAGUGACUUUUAAAGUGUGCCUUCUGGAAGCUUCUCAUUCCAUCCCUGUCCGACUUCACCUGAUCAAUCUCUCCAGAUCUCAGGCCCAAUCCAAGUCAUGACUGUCAAGAAUAUGUUUUCAUGCACACAAACCUUGAUCCAACCUUGGUUUUUAGUGUGAAAAGUAAGUAGAGCUGCAGUGUGAAGGGGGUGUUUCAGUUUCAGUUUCCUGCAGGAGUUGCAUUAGCAGCACUUUAGCCUCAUCAGCGGAGGAGAUAUGAGGUGAACAUACCUCCACCCUCUUCUUCACUUCACCAGCGCCUCUCUGGACCAGUAAAGGCCUGCUGAUAAACACCAGCGCCUCUCUUCCUUCAAGCGUUUCAACUUCACCAGCAUUGACUAGUGCUGUUCUUAGGAGGCUUUAACAUCAGUAUCUCACAGGAAUAUUUCACUCUCAUGUCACUCCAAUCUCAUGCUUCCUGAUUUAUUCACUGUUAAGAAACACACACACACAGAAUAUACUUCAUAAACUUCAUUCAGGCACAUGUUGAUAACAGAAAUGCCUUGUACGUGAGGCUUGACACAUGUGAGGCAUGUUUUGUGACUAAUCAUGUAGGAAGUGAAUAUAUCUGACUGCAAAUGAGAUUUUAAAUAUGUGGUGGAAUGAUUUCUGAAGACUUGGGAUUCAGCAGCGUACAGGUCCUGUGGACUUUUAUAAGAAUUAUCAUUAUCAUUUGUUCUUUUGUGGAGCUUUGUAGUUUAAAUCACCAUCUGCUUUAAUUCUAUAGAAGCGGGAAACUUGAACAUUCUAAUAUCUCCUUUUAAAAAUACAGGCUUGGAUUGACAUUAUGGUGAAUCAUUUUUAUUAUAAAAUCAGGUUACUUAUGUUUUAUUUUCUAAGGAAAUAUCUGCAUUACUUUGUUUUCCCAUGGAUGCCUGGCAUCUCUCCGGUCGCCAUGUUGAGAGAAAUCCUCUUGAUUGUGCCAUCACAAAGAAGCACAAAGUCAUUUUACAGACUUUUAAAUUAAAUGUUCAAAACUGAUCUAAAGACCCAUCUUUAUUUGACCCUCUAACUU